GUCCAGCUCCUCGGUGUGUAUCAUUUCAAGAAAACAAAGAUAACGUGCUAUCAUGAAGACCCUUAUCAUAGUGAAGAAAUGCUUUCUACUUAUUGGAAAAUGUACAGCGAUUUCAUGGGAGGCCCCAACUUUGAACCGAGAGCCCCACUCAAUGAAUCCCUGCUGACCAGUCUCUUUGGUCAUUUACAGCGUUGUGGACUGCCAUUUUUCGCCGAUUCCGUUCGCAUCAUUAACGGGGAGGACGCCCCUGAAAAGGCGUGGCCGUGGCAGGUGUUUCUAGAUAUCCCAUUGCCACGGGGAGAGUUUGCGCACUGCGGGGGCUCUCUGAUCUCCGAGUACUGGAUCCUCACGGCGGCCAAUUGCAUCCACCAGGUAGAUCACGUCAUCGUUUAUCUGGGAGUCCGUAACGCGACCGACAGGGAAGACGGCCCGAAUGUGCAGGUGAGAACCUCUGUUAAUUUAAUUCCCCACGCAGGCUACAGCAUGCUCCAUCACGUGCGUGACAUCGGGCUCGUCAAGAUGAACGAACCCGCGGUUCUCAAUCACCACGUCUCGCCCAUCUGUCUGCCGGACGAAGGGGACAGCUUUGAAGCUAACGACAAAUGCUACUUGACAGGGUGGGGUAAGGUGCACCUGGCCAUGUUGGCGCAUAAUGACAUACACGAGGAGAUUCUCCAGCAAACCAACGUCCACGUCAUGCCCCAAAGCAUCUGCGCGUACAGCAGCGCACUGAGCGAUGACGUCAUAGACGGGGGCGUUCUCUGUUUUGAUUUACAUGACGAUAAACGGGGCCCCUGCUUCGGGGACUCGGGGUCCCCACUGUCCUGUCUUGACCCUAAAAAAGAACGUUACGUCCUGGCCGGUAUAAGCGCUACAAUGGGUGACUUCUGCUCAUACAGACACGUACCGGCCAUUGGCACGAGGGUGUCCGAAUUCAUUGACUGGAUAGUCCAGGAAAUGGACCAAAAUCCAUGAAAACAGUGGCGGCGCCUUUUGGGGCUGGGAUAGGAGAGGCGAUGACGCGUGGCUACGCUGUAGUUGGAUUUGUUAACUGUUCGCAGACUUUGGGAUAGACAAUGUAAGGUUAUCCAGAGAGGAUGUUUGCCGUUAUUGGUCUGUGAGUGUUGAUCCAUGGAUAUAAACAAGUCCUUAGGAGAACCUCCGGCAGCUUGUAGUUACAGACAUAACUCAUGAAUGAAAUAGACUUCUUAAUAGACAGACGAUGUAGACAUGACUUGUGACUUAAAUUGACUUCUUAAUAGAAAGCGGAUGUAGACAUGAGUCAUGAAUUACUUGACUUUAUGUAAACAAACGGUGCAGAAAUUUUUUAUUUUUUUUUAAACACCAAAAAA